AUGUCGUCCGAUGGUAUAGAUGCUGCCGAGACCCUUCCUGUUGGCGCCCAGUUUGACUGCCCCUUUGAAACCGACUUCUGCCAAUGGACCCAAGCUCAAGGAACGGACAAAUUUGACUGGAAGCUGAUAGCUGGAAGUACCCUAACAGCAGGGACUGGCCCAAGCGGUGACCACACCACUGGCAAGGGACACUACGCCUACUUUGAAUCUUCCGUUGGUGCAAAUGGAGACAAGGCACAAUUGAUCAGUCCGACGUUGACGAUCGCCAGUGGUCACUCAAAAUGUCUGGUCUUCUACUACAACAUGUACGGGGAGCACGUCAACGCCCUCAACGUGUACGAGAAGACCAACACGGCCAAAAUGAAUAUCGUCUGGACGCGCCAUGGCAACCAGGGAGCCAACUGGACGGAGGCAAGAAUCAACCUACCAGUGGCUACAAACUUUCAGGUUGUAAUCGAAGCUGUUCGAGGACGGGGAUGGAAAGGAGACAUCUCCAUAGACGACACUAAGACUGUCAACGGCCCCUGCCCUCCGCUAGGAACCAUUUUACCAUCGGUACCCCCUGGGGCCAGGACUACUCCGAUGCCGGUGUCAACGUCGUGCAACUUCGAGACGAAAGCUGUUUGUGGCUACACUCAGGACAAGAGUGACAACUUUGACUGGAGGUGGUCUACUGGUUCAACAGCAUCCGCCAUGACCGGUCCUAACAAUGACCACACUUACGGUACACCAGCAGGCCACUACAUGUACAUGGAGUCCUCUGAUGCCCGACCAAAUGCAAAGGCAAGGAUAAUCUCUCCAAGACUCCCAGGAAGUGGAACACGAUGCCUUCAGUUCUGGUACAGCAUGUUUGGUCAGCAGGUGAACACGCUAAACGUCUACGCCAAGUCCCGAAGUCUAGGCAAUGUAUUGUGGACACUGUCCGGGAACCAGGGGAUGGACUGGAAGAUAGCACAAGUGACCAUACCAGGGGGAUCAAACUACAACGUAAGUCUACUGCUGUCUUUUUAUUACCUCUCUCUCACAUAAUGAAUUGUUUCCGUCUCGUUAAAUAUACUGUUUCAACCAGCCCACAUACAGUCGUGUAUUUCCUGUUACUACAGAUCGUGUUUGAAGCCA